AAAUAAAAACAACUCCUUGCCAUAUCUCAAGAACAUACAUGCCCAACGCAAGCUCCGCAUGGAUCCGCCUACUACACAAAGCUGCAUGAAUCCGCAAUGAUGAUGAACGCAGCCAGAAAAUCCCAAUAGGUCUCCCGCAUUUUGGUCACUUUUCUUUUGGCCAAAUUGGGUUUCAGUCCUUCUUCAUUGUGAUUCAAGGAUUCAAGGAGAAAAAACAAGCAAGCCCAUGGUGAGAUGGAUUGAUUCCUUCACAAUAUGCAGUCCCAAAAGCUUUCCUGUUCGAGGUCGGUCGACUCAAGAUACAUACCUGUUAAUUUCAACGUUACAAGAGCUUUUGUUCUUCAAUCUACCUACAUUUCUUCGUCUCUCGUAUCUGUGCUGAGGUAACGAACUUUGUCUUGUAGACCUCUUUGCCCGUAUCUGAAGCUGCCGUGCUCAUCUGCAAGAACUCAUCGGUCGUACUUCUCUGUCCGGAGCUGGUGCUGCCCCCCAAAGUUGAUAAAGUCUCAGCGCAGUUUGCUGCUGCACUUUCAUUCUUCAAUCGAAGCUGCCAUUUUAGUUUCUUUUGAGAAUCUGGGAGUCCAUUUAUCUCGCCCAGGCUCACCUCAACCGUUCAACUCCACCUCGACACACUUGAUUCUGUGGCGUUGACGGAGAACGGUUCUGCUCCGAUCUUCGCUCAAAGUAAAGAUCGUAACAUUCUCUUAAUAUUUAUUGAUUACUCAAAGUAUUCUAUUCUUGGCUGGUUUGCUCGGUUUGCUCAGUUUGCUCGAUUCUAGGCAGGUCACUCUUUGUUUUUUUGACGAUCAAGCUUUGUCGGUGAUAUCGACUCACUUAGCAAACCACAGCGGGAGUUUUCUACCUAAUCGUAACCUACAAGUCAGGAACAUCGCCCACCGCUGCCUAUGUCUGACGCUUGGCUCUAUUAAAAGUUUCAUUCGAUAUUCGCCUGGUCGGUCUAUGCAUACUCCCAAGUCGAAAUAUUAAGAGCUUUUACUUUCCCAACGACUGGCUAUGCCGUGUGCUUGGGACACGGCUAAGCUACUCACGUUGGACAACCUAUCAAUCAUGGAAGGGGAUAACAAGUCAAGCUCUGGUGACAGCUUGUUCAGCGACGAGUCGGCUGAAGGCCCAGUGGAACCCAAGUAUCGGGUUGCGGAGAGAGCUGAUGGUAAAAGUCACGGAAAUCGCCUGGAUGAUAUAUUUGACGACAAUGGCUCUGUCCCGGGCAACGGCCUGUUCAUCUCGGGCUACUACGAUGGAUGUGGUUCCGGAGAGGAUUUCGGCGGCGACAUGGUCAUGGACAGAUUGCGCAGCAAGCCUAGGCCCGUCGCCGCUAUAUUCGUCCAUGCCGGCGCCGGAUUCCACAGCCACACAAAUGAGGAAUACCAUCUGGAAGCCUGCUCCCGAGCUGCCCAACUGGGAAUGGCCAAGAUGAACGCUGGCGGCUCUGCUGUUGACGCCGUCGUCGAGGCCACCAAAUGCCUCGAGGACAACAUAAUCACAAAUGCAGGUGUUGGCAGUAACUUGUGCCUAGACGGCACAGUGGAAUGCGAUGCCACAGUGGUGGACCACAAUGGCCGGAGUGGUGCGGUUGGUGCAUGUUCCCACGUUCGAUAUCCUGUCAUGCUCGCCGAGAAGAUUCUCCUCGAAUCAUACAAGGUGUUGGCACUCAGGCGGAUCUCACCCAUACUCCUUGUUGGCGAGGGUGCUCGCCAAUACGCCAAGGAGCAUGGCAUUAAGGUCGUUGAUAAUGAGGAGAUGGUCACUAUCAACGCCAGAGACCGCUGGGAAAAAUGGACUGAGGAACUCAGAAAGGCAACAGGCAGCCCACGCCACUCAGCACCUUCUGGCAUGCACAUACCUGGCCGUCUUGAUCAUAGCGCUGCCUUGUCAACAGGUACUUUCAAUGAGGGCCAACCUGACUCCCCUCAACAUGGGGCGGAUGUGCCAUGCACAAGCAAGAAACGUACCGAGGCCGCUAUUGCAAGUCGUCAACGACAGUCAAUGACGCCUGAAGCGCAGGGCCCGCGACUUUGCAAUGUGAGCAAUGGGUCCCCUCCCGCCAAGCGAAUCCGCAGCAUGGAACCAAACCUAGUCUCUUCAUCUUUAAAUGCCCCAGCCACGCCGACUCAGCCUUCCCAUACAUCUGGUGACCAGCUUGAUAGGGCGCAAGCUCCCCAGGAUAUGGUAUCCGAAGACGAGAUAUACGACACGGUCGGCGUCAUCGCCAUUGACUACCAAGGUCACAUAGCAGCCGCCUCCUCAUCUGGAGGCAUCGGCAUGAAGCACCGCGGCCGUGUCGGCCCAGCGGCGCUGGUCGGUAUUGGCACGGCAGUGAUCCCAGCAGACGAAGGUGACAAAUAUGGCACGACCGUUGCAGCCGUGACCUCCGGGACGGGUGAACAUAUGGCAACUUCAAUGGCAGCAUACAAGUGUGCUGAGCGACUGUAUCUCUCCACUGUGCGUGGUAGAGAUGGCUCCGAUGUGCCGCGGGACAAUGAGACUAAGAUUCUCACGUCCUUUAUAGACCACGACUUUAUGGCCCAUCCGGGUGUCCAGAACCAGGAGUCGCGGCCCGCCAUCGGCAUCAUGGCUGUCAAGAAAACAUCCAGAGGGUACUACUUCACUUUUGGACACAAUACAGAGUCUUUUGCUCUCGCAUCCUUUGCUUCGACUGAUAAAGAACCUCUUUGUACCAUGUCUCGUGUCCCUGAGACCAGACAUGGCCGUCACAGACCCGUGGCUGGCGGUCUCAAGAUUUCGAUCUGAUCAAGACAGAUGCCCAGUAUCGACUGGCAAUACUGCCCUGGCUUCUACAUAUCAGCCGUGUCGACAAGGACUAAACCUGUAUUCACGGAUUACCACCUAAGUUUGAUCUUCUAGAUGCAACUACACAAACGCACCGUACAUCUAGCAUUGCUUAAGGCUGUCUUUCAAGCCUGGGUUCUAUGAUGGUAUUUCCCCCUGCGUUACAUCACAGCAUUUUAGAGUAUUUUUGCCUUUCUCACAACAGCCAAUACUUCACUGCAAUCGCUGGGGAGACCAUGAACUCUGGUUAUUCUUCUAGCCAUCCAUAAUCUGCGUCGACUUGGGUAACAGCCUGCUGUCUUACUUUCUCUAUCGAUCGCGUCGAGUAACCUGCAUUUGAUUUUUUUUUAGAAGAUUGGAAAGUCUGGAUAUGGUAUGUGUACACAUCACUACAUAGUCUAAAUUAAUCGCUUAGGUUCGGGAA